GCAGAAAUCCGGGUUUGGAACUGUAGACGUCCAUGCGGCUCGGCUCCCGGGGACCUUUGCUGCAGCUUCUGCGGUCUGAGACGAGUCCACGCGGUUUAGUCAUUGCUGGAGCUCAUGGCACGGGUAACGAGGAGCGGUUAGUUAAGGAACCUCGGAGCUGCUUCUAAGUAAUCUCUGCUCAGCCAUGUCGCCGGCUCCAGCUGCAGCUCAGGCUUCUGUGUCGAUCUCCCUUUUUGACCUCAGCGCGGAUGCUCCAGUCCUUCAGGGCCUGCGCCUGGUGAGCCACGCUCCUGGGGACGUUCUGGCCCAGACUCUGCGGACUUCCUGUCCAGGUUCAGGGGAGAGAAAAAGCCCAGAAAGAAAACCACUCCAGUGUCCUCUGGAUACUUCAGAGAAGUUGUGUUGUUCAACCUGUGACCAGACCUUCCAGAACCACCAGGAGCAGAGGGAACAUUAUAAGCUUGACUGGCACCGGUUUAACCUAAAGCAGCGUCUUAAGGAUAAGCCUCUCCUGUCUGCCUCGGAAUUUGAACAGCACAGCUCCACAGGAGAUCUUUCCAGCAUCUCAGGAUCGGAAGACUCAGACUCAGCCAGCGAGGAGGAUUUGCAGAUACAGGAUGAGGAGAGGGCUGAGGCUGAGAAGCCUAACCGACCCCGAGGCUUCCAUCCCCAUCGUGUUCUUUUCCAAAAUGCCCAGGGCCAGUUUCUUGAUGCCUAUCGCUGUGUCCUAGGCCCCCGCCAGGUGCCUCCAGAAGAACCAGAACUGCUGCUACAGAACCUGCAGAGUGGAGGGCCCAGAUAUUGUGUGGUGCUCAUGGCCGCUGCUGGCCACUUUGCUGGUGCCGUUUUCCAAGGACGAGAAGUGUUGACACACAAAACCUUUCACCGCUACACAGUGCGGGCCAAGCGGGGCACAGCCCAGGGGCUUCGGGACGCCCGGGGUGCAGCUCCUCGCUCUGCUGGAGCCAACCUGAGGCGCUACAAUGAAGCCACGCUAUAUAAGGAUGUUCGUGACCUGCUGGCAGGACCAGACUGGACUAAGGCACUGGAGGAGGCCGGGACGAUAAUGCUGCGUGCCCCCCGCUCUGGCCGGGCCUUGUUCUUUGGAGGUCGUGAGGCUCCCCUGCAGCGGGGGGACCCCCGACUUUGGGAUAUCCCCCUCCCUACCCGCAGACCCACCUUCCAAGAGCUCCAGCGAGUGCUCCACAAGCUGACCACCUUGCAUGUCCAUGGAGAAGACCCCCGGGCAACAGCCAGGUUGGAUUUACCUCAGACCCGCUGGAAGACAGUGAGAGAAAGGAAGCCUAUCAAGGAAGAAACCAAGGUCCCCAGCGAUGAUAAUGAGGGGCUCGGGCAGAAGGAGGAAGCUCCCAAACAGGGUUCUGAGUCAGAGGGAGAGGAUGGCUCCCAGGUAGAGCUGGAGCUAGUGGAGUUGACACUGGGGACCCUGGAUCUGCGUGAGUUUGAGGUACUGCCCAAGCAGAGGAAGAGGAAAAGGAAUAAGAGGGAGAGGAAACGAGACCUGGAGGCUGGGGCACAAAUGACUCUUCCUCAGCAACCUCCAGAAGAUGAGGCCUUCUCACAGGCAGCCCCUCUGGGGCCUCUCCAGGAGGAGGCCAAGCACCCUGGUCAACCAGAGCUCUGGGAUGUGCUUCUGGCUGCGUGCCGAGCUGGUGAUGUGGGGCUGCUGAAGCCCUGGCUAGCUGCCAGCCCCGUGGACCCUCGAGUUCUGUCUCUGCUCAGUGCCCCAUUGGGCUCCGGUGGCUUCACCCUCCUGCACGCAGCAGCCGCGGCUGGGAGAGGCUCAGUGGUUCACCUGCUGCUGGAUGCAGGUGCGGACCCCACUGUACAGGACUCCCGGAACCGGCCCCCGUAUAUGGUUGCAGCUGAUAAAUCGACACGUAAUGAGUUCCGGAGGUUCAUGGAGAAGCAUCCAGAUGCUUACGAUUACAACAAGGCUCAGGUGCCAGGGCCACUGACAGCAGAAAUGGAAGCCCGGCAGGCCACUCGGAAAAGGGAGCAGAAGGCAGCCCGGCGGCACCGGGAGGAGCAGCAGCGGAAGCGGCAGGAGCAGGACAAGCAGGAGCAAGACGAGCAGAGGCGAUUUGCUGCCCUCAGUGACCGAGAGAAGAGAGCUCUGGCUGCAGAGCGCCGACUAGCUGCCCAGGUGGGAGCCCCCACCCCGCAGAUCCCUGACCCUGCAGUUGGCAACAUACGACGCUGCUGGAGCUGUGGGACGUCCCUCCAAGGCCUCAUUCCCUUUCACUACCUCGACUUCUCUUUCUGCUCCACACGCUGCCUCCAGGAGCAUCGCCGUCGGGCCGGGAAGCCCUCUUCCUGAUCUCUGGCAGCUCCACCUGGGGCCACUGCUAGGCCCUGGGCAGGCACAUUCACACUGGCCUUAGGUUUCUUCUUCCCCACAAAACCGGAGGGCAUUUGGAAGAUCAAGGUGAGGGAUGCUGGGGAAGCAGGGCAAAGAGGGCCACAGAGGUGUGUGGAGCUGGUACUGUCUCCGGAACUUUAAUCACAAUAAAGUUUGGCAAGGAAGCUGCCCUUGUGCUUAGA